AGACAGAAACAGAGAGAGAGAGAGACAGAAACAGAGAAACAGAGAGAGAGAGACUGAAACAGUGAAACAGAGAGAGAGAGAGAGAGAGAGACUGUAGCCAACAUUACAGAAGAUAUGUGUGAAGUCUUUUUUUAAUCAUACAUCUAAAAAGGAAGUGUUGUGUUUCAGAUAGCUUAAACACACACACACAGCAGCUGCUACUUCUCCUGGCUCUCUGUACCCUCAGCCAGUCUGUUGUUGACCUCUCAGUGAGCAUGUCGGGUGGUGUUAGUGUUUGGAGGGUAGUGAGCUGGAUGGUGCUGGGCAUGGUUCUGGGGCUCAGUGGUGGGGGCUCAGCCCUGAAGAUCUGCACCUUCAACAUCCAGUCCUUUGGAGAGAAGAAAAUAGAGAAACCAGAGGUGGUUGAUGUCAUAUUGGCUCUGAUCGCUCGCUGUGACAUCAUGCUGGUGAUGGAGAUUAAAGAUCUCAGUGCGAAGGCUUUCCCUCAGCUCAUGACUCAACUCAACAGUGACUACAGCUCCAGGAAGAAUGAGUAUAACUAUGUGAUCAGUGACAGACUGGGACGUAAGUCUUACAAGGAGCAGUACGCCUUUAUCUACAGACAGAGGCUGGUAUCAGUGAAGGAAGUGUACCAGUACCCUGACACCCAACCUGGAGAUGAGGAUGCCUUCUCCAGGGAACCUUUCAUCGUCUGGUUCUCUUCCCCUAAAACAGCCGUCCAGGACUUUGUGAUCAUCCCGAUCCACACCACUCCAGAGACGUCCGUCAGGGAGAUAAAUGAACUGUAUGAUGUGUUCCAAGAUGUCAAACAACGAUGGACCUCAAAGAAUGUGAUCAUCAUGGGCGACUUCAAUGCGGCCUGCGGCUACGUACCCAAGAAGCAGUGGAGCAGCAUCCGCCUGCGGUCUGACAGCAGCUUCCUGUGGCUGACGGGUGACACCAUCGACACCACCGUCAAGGAGUCCACAGACUGUGCCUACGACAGGGUUGUCCUCCACGGGGACAAGAUGAUCCAGGCAGUCAACCCAACCUCUCUGGAUGUGUUUGACUUCAGACGGGCCUACGGACUAACCGAGCUACAGGCCCUGGCGGUGAGUGACCACUACCCAGUGUGCAUCACUGUGAAGGCCGCUCCGAGGAAUAAGGGUUAACGUCUUGUCCUCGUAACGGUACCGUCCUGAGGAUGUCUCGGUGUCCCUCGGUGGUCUGUGUGCGUCCUGCAGUGUUUGCUUUGCUCCAGUCCAGAGCCAUCAGGCUAAAGCUAAAUUAAUCAAUUAAUCAAUUAAUCCCAGAAGAAUGGUCACUGAGCUGCACUGUGUGCUUCAAGGUUAUUAUAGUUUUGUGUUUUAUAUUAGUUUUUAUUUCUAUUAGUAUUUUUUUUGUUUUACUUAAUCUAGUAGUUUUUAUUCUAUUUGAGUUUUCUAAAAACAUUUCUAUUUGUUUUUUUAUAUUAUUUAGUUUCAAUUUUAGUGUUAGCCUGGGUGGCUAAUAGCUAGGAGGCAUGUAUGUGUUGUAGGUUGUAUUUCUAGUAGUCUCAGACCUAUAUUAUAGAUUAUUACAGAUUGCAUUACAGAUUAGAUUAUUACAGACCUAGAGCAACAGACCUAGACUCAGAGCAACAGACCUAGACAUAGAGCACCAGACCCAGAGCAUCAUAUCUAUAACAACAGACCCAGAGCAACAGACCUAGACCUAGAGCAACAGACCUAGAGCAACAGACCUAGAGCUACAGACCUAGACCUAGAGCAACAGACCUAGAGCAACAGACAUAGAGCAACAAACCUAUAACAACAGACCCAGAGCAAACGACCUAGAGCAACAGACCUAGAGCAACAGACCCAGAGCAACAGACCCAGACCUAGAGUAACAUACCCAGAGCAACAGACCUAGAGCAACAGACCCAGAGCAACAGACCUAGAGCAACAGACCUAGAGCAACAGACCUAGACCUAAAGCAACAGACCUAUAGCAACAGACCCAGAGCAACAGACCUAGAGCAACAGACCCAGAGCAACAGACCUAGAGCAACAUACCUAGAGCAACAGACCUAGACAUAGAGCACCAGACCCAGAGCAACAUACCUAGAGCAACAGACCCAGAGCAACAGACCUAGAGCAACAGACCCAGAGCAACAGACCUAGAGCAACAGACCUAGAGCAACAGACCUAGACUCAGAGCAACAGACCUAGACAUAGAGCACCAGACCCAGAGCAUCAUAUCUAUAACAACAGACCCAGAGCAACAGACCUAGACCUAGAGCAACAGACCUAGAGCUACAGACCUAGAGCAACAGACCCAGAGCAAACGACCUAGAGCAACAGACCUAGAGCAACAGACAUAGAGCAACAAACCUAUAACAACAGACCCAGAGCAAACGACCUAGAGCAACAGACCUAGAGCAACAGACCCAGAGCAACAGACCCAGACCUAGAGUAACAUACCCAGAGCAACAGACCUAGAGCAACAGACCCAGAGCAACAGACCUAGAGCAACAGACCUAGAGCAACAGACCUAGACCUAAAGCAACAGACCUAUAGCAACAGACCUAGAGCAACAGACCCAGAGCAACAGACCUAGACCUAGAGCAACAGACCUAGAGCUACAGACCUAGAGCAACAGACCUAGAGCAACAGACAUAGAGCAACAAACCUAUAACAACAGACCCAGAGCAAACGACCUAGAGCAACAGACCUAGAGCAACAGACCCAGAGCAACAGACCCAGACCUAGAGUAACAUACCCAGAGCAACAGACCUAGAGCAACAGACCCAGAGAAACAGACCUAGAGCAACAGACCUAGAGCAACAGACCCAGAGCAACAGACCUAGAGCAACAGACCCUAAAUCUAAAACUGAACAUAUUGGGUUUUUAUUUAGUAUAGUUUUGGAAUCAAAGAUAAUAAUAAUAUAAAUAAUAAUAUAUCCCAUUUAGCAGACGCUUUUGUCCAAAGCGACUUACAAGUCGGCUGGGGCCACUACUUUUACAUAUGGGUGGCCCCAGCGGGAAUCGAACCCACGACGCUUGGCGUUGCAAGCGCCAUGCUCUACCGACUGAGCCACACAGGACCCUAUAAUAGUAUCAGUACAGUUUUAGUUUUUAAAGUGGGUUUCUUAAUUAUAUAUAUAUAUAUAUAUUUUUUAUAAAUAUUUUUUUCAUGAUUAGUUUUAGUUUACUAUAAUAACGUUGGCGUACUUUGCUUCAGCCAGCACUCAGAGGUUAAUGUGUGUGUUUCCUUGUUGCUAGGCGACCAGCUGUGCCUGUGACCAGCUCAUUUGAAGCAUCUUGCUUUUCUUCUCCCGAUGCUUUGUUUACUGGAUCAAAUGGCAGCUGCCAUCCUAUUACCUAGUAGUGCACUAUAUAGGGAAUAGGGCCCUGGUCUAUAGUAGUGCACUAUAUAGGGAAUAGGGCCCUGGUCUAUAGUAGUGCACUAUAUAGGGAAUAGGGCCCUGGUCUAUAGUAGUGCACUAUAUAGGGAAUAGGAGUCUGGUCUAUAGUAGUGCACUAUAUAGGGAAUAGGACCCUGGUCUAUAGUAGUGCACUAUAUAGGGAAUAGGGCCCUGGUCUAUAGUAGUGCACUAUAUAGGGAAUAGGGCCCUGGUCUAUAGUAGUGCACUAUAUAGGGAAUAGGAGUCUGGUCUAUAGUAGUGCACUAUAUAGGGAAUAGGACCCUGGUCUAUAGUAGUGCACUAUAUAGGGAAUAGGGCCCUGGUCUAUAGUAGUGCACUAUAUAGGGAAUAGGGCCCUGGUCUAUAGUAGUGCACUAUAUAGGGAAUAGGGCCCUGGUCUAUAGUAGUGCACUAUAUAGGGAAUAGGGCCCUGGUCUAUAGUAGUGCACUAUAUAGGGAAUAGGAGUCUGGUCUAUAGUAGUGCACUAUAUAGGGAAUAGGACCCUGGUCUAUAGUAGUGCACUAUAUAGGGAAUAGGGCCCUGGUCUAUAGUAGUGCACUAUAUAGGGAAUAGGAGUCUGGUCUAUAGUAGUGCACUAUAUAGGGAAUAGGGCCCUGGUCUAUAGUAGUGCACUAUAUAGGGAAUAGGAGUCUGGUCUAUAGUAGUGCACUAUAUAGGGAAUAGGACCCUGGUCUAUAGUAGUGCACUAUAUAGGGAAUAGGGCCCUGGUCUAUAGUAGUGCACUAUAUAGGGAAUAGGGCCCUGGUCUAUAGUAGUGCACUAUAUAGGGAAUAGGAGUCUGGUCUAUAGUAGUGCACUAUAUAGGGAAUAGGGCCCUGGUCUAUAGUAGUGCACUAUAUAGGGAAUAGGAGUCUGGUCUAUAGUAGUGCACUAUAUAGGGAAUAGGACCCUGGUCUAUAGUAGUGCACUAUAUAGGGAAUAGGGCCCUGGUCUAUAGUAGUGCACUAUAUAGGGAAUAGGGCCCUGGUCUAUAGUAGUGCACUAUAUAGGGAAUAGGGCCCUGGUCUAUAGUAGUGCACUAUAUAGGGAAUAGGGCCCUGGUCUAUAGUAGUGCACUAUAUAGGGAAUAGGGCCCUGGUCUAUAGUAGUGCACUAUAUAGGGAAUAGGGCCCUGGUCUAUAGUAGUGCACUAUAUAGGGAAUAGGGCCCUGGUCUAUAGUAGUGCACUAUAUAGGGAAUAGGGCCCUGGUCUAUAGUAGUGUACUAUAUAGAAUAGGGGUCUGGUCUAUAGUAGUGCACUGUAUAGGGAAUAGGGGUCUGGUCUAUAGUAGUGUACUAUAUAGGGAAUAGGGCCCUGGUCUAUAGUAGUGUACUAUAUAGGGAAUACGGCCUGGUCUAAAGUAGUGCACUAUAUAGGGAAUACGGCCUGGUCUAAAGUAGUGCACUAUAUAGGGAAUAGUGUACCAGAGUCAUGUUAAAAACACCUGACGACAUACAAAUGGCUUAUCCAAAUGUAAAUGAUUAUUUCCUCAGUUGAACCAGUUUGUAAUUUGUCAUGUAACAGUGUUCUUUUUAGGAACAUUAUUUAUAGCUAACAUAUGUCUGUAUAUCCUAUAUAUUUGGUAUUUCCUAUAUCAGAGAAUAUAUUUGGUAUAUCCUAUAUCAGAGAAUAUAUUUGGUAUUUCCUAUAUCAGAGAAUAUAUUUGGUAUAUCCUAUAUCAGAGAAUAUAUUUGGUAUUUCCUAUAU